AUGUGAUAUAUCCACGGGGGGGCUCUUAUCUCCGCCUCCAAUGCACACGGAGGAGGAGCAACAUGUGCUUGAUCUGUGUUCAUCCGCUGUCACCACCCCGUGCGGCCGCUCCACGGGAAAACUAAACUCAUAGGUGGAGGAGAGAGGGAAACUAAACUGAUCAACGAGCAGGGCGCAAGCAGAAGAGUUGACACUGAAAGUCGGCGUUACUUCAGACCCUCCGUUAACUGGUGGAAUUAAAGGAGUAGGUAGGCCUGUUCAGGAUUGCGUUCGCUGUUUUGACAGUGAAGGGAAGCGAGUGGAAUGAGAAACAGCCUCUGCACGUACAGUGUUUUUCUAACAAAGUAAAGUCCAUCUACACUUUAUGGAUUUCUAACGCGUGGACUUGCUUGGCACGACGUUCAAGUGUACUGUCAUGACCUUUGACAAUCGUUCAUCUCAUCACUCGAGGUGACAACCUGGAUCCAAGCCAACUAUUACCUUACUCCUAAAGAGUUCUGGGGACCUGACCCACACCCCCCCUCCCGCGGGGUCGUGUCGUCAGAGGGACCAGGGGGGGGUGUGUGUGUGUGUGCGGUGCGACCGCAUCAUGGAAGUGCUUCGGAAGUCCUCAGAAUUCGCUGCGGAGGUGCUGGACGUGUUUGACCGCUCGGUGAGCGACAAGGAGCUGGUGUUCCAGGCCAAGGCGCUGUACCGAGACUACGUCCUCUGCAGGCUCAGCCAACACGGGUUUGGGUGGGCCAGGAGCGAGCUCCACUUCCCCUCCACCAGUGCAGCGCUGGCCGAGGUGUCUCUGGUGCUCCUGUAUCUCGGCCGACUGUAUUCCUCAUGCGGCCUUUACCCCUGGGUGUGUGCGUCCUAUUGGUCAUCAGAGUUCCCCUUUCAAUGCUCAGGUGGAAGUGCUGAACGCGAUGAGUUGGAGUGUAUGCACCCAAGUCUCUACAGGAACGUGGCUCGGCAACUCAACAUUUCUGUUGCCAUGGAGAAUAUGGUAUCGGAUGCCUUCAUUGCUGUGGCAACAGAGAUCUUUUCAACAGGUAUAACAUGGGGCAAGGUGGUGUCCAUGUUCGCAGUGGCGGCGGGCCUGGCUGUGGAUUGUGUGCGGCAGGGCCGGCCAGCCACCGUGCACGUCCUUGUGGACAGCCUUGGCCAGCUGGUCCGCAGGUACCUGGUGCCCUGGCUCAAGAGAAAGGGAGGCUGGACGGAAAUUAGCAAAUGUGUCAUAAAGAAGGACGUCAUCUCUGAACACCACUGGCUCUCCUCCACUGUGGAGUCCUUGAAGUACUUUCUCACUACAGUUUACGUAUACGUCAUGAAGGAACAAUGACCUGCUGGGACAAAGACAGUUUGCCCAGGCUCCAGCUUGCUUAGGCUUAAGUUAUUUGAGAUGAACACAGCUGCAGUGUGGAACAGACCCAACUUGACCUAACGGUUUGUUGGUGAAUGGCCAUCAACAAAUGUAUCAUCAGCAUUAACGUCAUGCGUCUCGGAUAAGUUCAUAAUAGGUGGCUACGCUUCAUUCAAAGCUUAGUCACAAUUAUACUUUCAUCGCAUGAUUCAUUUUUUUUGUUGCCGGAUUGUUUCAACCACAUUUUGUCCAAAGACGUGCAUGUCCAUCAAUGCAGUAAAAGCAGCUGGGUCCAGUUUUGUUGCACCGUAUGCACUUUGUGACGUUACUUCCCACUGGUUUGCUACAUCUUCACUGCCUGAAGCGGUCUGCUUCUCAAGAGGAAAUGUCUGGUGCUUGGGGGGGAAUUACCAAACCGAUUCGGGAGAAUCAGAUAUGUGUAUAUGGUGAACAUUGAUGCUUUAAGAGUCUAAGCUUGUCGUUUUUGUUCAAUCUUAAGAUGAGCAUCGUGCAGAAAAAGUGAUUGCUCUUCGUUUCAGCUCUACAUAGGAAUUAACUGUUUUCAACAGCUAAGUGAUAACUAUCAGGCUGUCAUUCCUAUUUUCUUCAGAGGACUCCAUGUGGCAAAUAGGUUUCAUUCCAGAGAAGGAAUGAGGUUAUUUUUUAACUGCCAUCAACUGUGUUGCACUUUAGGAGGUUUUCUGAUGCGAUUGUGUUCUACUACAGUGCAGCCAGUUCUCCUUCCCAAACAUCAUAACCACCGUGACCAAAAAAAACGAUGAGUGAUGAUUAUAGAUAUUGAGUCUAACUGUUAUGCCCGGUGUAAGUAACAUUUGUGGUUUUCCACUGCAACAUUUCACAAUGUUGCAUAUGUAGGUGAUUAUUAUUUUCAAAUCUGUAAAUAGUUUUAUUUAUAAUUUUAGCAAUCGGAGCAAUUGUGGUAUUUCAUUGACUCUGACAGCAAUUAUUGAUUGUAUAGUGUGCCUAUUGGUUGUCACUUUAACUGUUAAAUUAUUUACGCGUCUGAUUUUUCUUUUUUUACUCUGAAAUAAACUUUCAACAUCUUAUCAAAAUGCCAGCAUUUGAGUCAUGUUUCAAUUAUGCCACUUAACCGUGUUAGUAAUGUCCAUUAAUAAUAUCCUUAAAAUACAUCUGCCAAAGAGUUAUGGUCUCGCCCUGUCUGUCCGUCCGUCUGUGUGUGGGUAGCUUCUCAUCAUUCUACUCAAACCGGGGUGUAUGAUCGGCUUUUUCCAUUUUCUAUCAUUUACCUAUUAUGCAGGUAUUUAGGGAAGAGAAAAUCUGCAGUACCAUGUGGAAAAAAAAAUUCUUGAGGUUUAAAUUCUGUUGACUAGAAUUUGUAGUACUACACUAAUUAAAAUCCCCUUCUGAAAGCCUAUUCAACAGAUUAUCUUUAAUUUUGUAACAGGGUGGUACAGUUAGGAUUUAGUUUCCACUUAGUGUUAUAGUUGUCAACCAAUGAUGUUUGAUAUACCUGUUUGUAGAUUCCGUUAUAAACUUGCAUGGGAAUGAGAUUGCGGAUGGUUUGCAAGGUUUAGAUUCUAGUGUGGCAAUUGGCCACAGGGUGGCAGUAUUGCUACUAUAUGGUGCUACGCACAGUGCAUCAUGGUAUUUUGUUUCUCGUGUUUACCAGUGGACUGGACAUUGAACAACUCGUUGGUCUUUGCCGUGACGUGCGAUGUGGCUCGGUUGUGUGUGAGUGGCCUCUGGACAUUUGCUGCCGGUGGUUGCUGUUUGCAGCACUUAUAAUAUGGCGAUACCAGUGGGUAUUGGAUGGCCGUGUUUAUGAUUUGCGGCGUCAGUCGCCAACGUGGGCGUAUGGUUCAACGUGGUGUGUUUGUUCUGCACUGUGGGUUAUAGAGGCUACAGGCGAAAUAGGUCCGCUAGAAACUACGAGAGGGUUCGCUUGACCUAGUUCAAGUUUGAUGUAAGUGCAAGUUAUUUAAUGUACCGAGUCAUUUAAUGUCCAUUAUAAAAGCUGUUCAUGUUUAGGGGUGAUAUGAAAGGCCUACUUUAUAUUUCCUGAUUAGUCAAUACCACUGCCGUAUUCAUAUUCCUUUAUCCAAUCGUUUUCUGGAAAUUGGAGGUGAAUAUGUUAAGCACUGUUAGCAUUCAAGCUAGUAUAAACUGUUCCCAAGGACUGAAAAGAUGUCUUCCACAAUAAAUGCUACAAAAAACCCGAAAUUCAUUGUGUCCUGUACUGCAUCUAAUUCCACGGGCUUCAUGACGUCGAUAUCUCCGUAACGGAGCCAAUCAUUUUGAUUGCAAAGAAAACAUAGAAAUUCAAAACACUUAAUACAUUUUGUUCACGUGUUGAACUGUAUGGCGGCCAAGUGAACAGCGAGAUUCCAUUUAUAUGUAGUGUAAAUGCAACAUGAAGUCAAGUCUCGUUUAUACAAAACAUGCUUAUACAUAAACAAACCAUCCAAUAGUGUAUUAGAUAUUCUCCUUUAUCCCUUGUGAUGACCCAUAAUAACCCAAUGUGCAAAGCAACGUUUUGAGGUUGGAAUAUUGUUGCAUGAUUUUUUUUAUUUCCGGACACAUAAAUUGCAGACUAGGUAAUUUUUUUAGCAUCAACACAGAAAGUGGUCUUCGUAUUUAAACUAAUCUGCUUCAAGGCAAGCGACUGUAGGUGACUUGCAGAUGCUGAGUCAUUGGCUGCUUCUCCGUCGACAUGGAAAGCGUCUGCUCCAGCUUCCCGUCUGGGUGGAGCUGGAACACUCUGGAGACCUGAGAAAAAAUAUAUAUUG